UUUUUUUUAACUCAUUUUUAUUAUCGUUAUUAUUAUUAUCGCUGUAUAAAACAGAAUCAACACCAGCCGAGAAGAGCAGACACACACAGAGAUACAGAGCCGGAGCGGCAGGUUGAGUUACUGCAGCGGCGGAGGAGCAGCAGAGAGAGAUCACUGUUUUGCAUGGGGCACGUGCAGGGGACUGAGGUGCCCGUGCCUUGUGUUGACAUGAGGAGACAUGGUGAACCGGAUAAACUUCCAGUGAUGAACUAUACAGUAACUACAGGUCACUAGUGCUGUGUUCAUUAAAGCAGAGGCUGACAUGGAGAAGAUGAGCUGUCCUAGCACGGUCAGCGGCCGAACCAUGUUCUGCCACCUGGACGCUCCGGCCAAUGCCAUCAGUGUAUGCCGGGAUGCUACACAGGUGGUAGUUGCUGGACGGAACAUCUUUAAGAUCUAUGCGCUGGAGGAGGACAGCUUUGUGGAGCGUCUGAAUCUCCGCGUGGGCCGCAAGCCCUCACUGAACUUCAGCUGUGCUGAUGUGAUGUGGCACCAGAUGGAGGAGAACCUGCUGGCCACGGCUGCCACCAAUGGGGCAGUGGUGACGUGGAACCUGGCGCGGCCGUGCCGCAACAAGCAGGAGCACCUGUUCACAGAGCACAAACGCACUGUAAACAAGGUGUGUUUCCACCCGACUGAGGUCCACAUGCUGCUGUCUGGAUCGCAGGACGGUUUCAUGAAGUGCUUCGACCUGCGCAAGAAAGAAAGUGUCAGCACCUUCUCUGGUCAGUCGGAGAGUGUUCGAGAUGUGCAGUUUAGUAUGAAGGAUUAUUUCACGUUCGCAGCAUCAUUUGAGAAUGGUAAUGUGCAGCUUUGGGACAUUCGCAGACCCGACCGCUAUGAGAGGAUGUUCACAGCACACACAGGGCCAGUUUUCUGCUGCGACUGGCACCCUGAGGACAGAGGAUGGCUGGCUACAGGUGGUCGGGACAAGAUGGUCAAAGUGUGGGAUAUGACGACCAAUAGGGCCAAAGAGAUCUAUUGUGUGCAGACCAUCGCUUCAGUGGCACGGGUCAAGUGGCGUCCGGAGCGGCGCUGGCAUCUGGCCACCUGCUCUAUGAUGGUGGACCACAACAUCUACGUUUGGGACGUCCGUCGCCCUUUCAUCCCCUUUGCCACUUUCGAGGAGCACAAGGACGUCACUACAGGGAUUGUCUGGCGCCACCAGCACGACCCCUACGUGCUGCUGUCUGGCUCCAAGGACAGUACGCUCUACCAGCACAUGUUCAAGGACGCCAGUCGGCCUGUUGACCGGGCCAACCCCGAGGGGCUCUGCUUCGGACUGUUCGGUGACCUGGCCUUUGCGGCCAAGGAGAGCCUGAUGACGGGUGAGGCUGGACGCAAGCCGUACCCAGCCGGCGACCGCCGCUACCCCAUCUUCUUUUUUAAGAAGCCGGAUGUGACGGAGCAGUUUGCGCAGGUGGCGAGUGCUCUGAGCGUGUUUGAGAGUGAGUCGGACGGCAGCAGCAGAAUGGACUGGUUCAUUAAGACAGCCCGCAGGUAUCUGCUGAGUGGGAAACCCUUCGCUGAACUCUGUGACCACAACGCUAAGGUCGCCAAGGAGCUGAAUAGACCUCAGGUGUCUACCACAUGGACCAUGCUACGAAUCAUGUUUUCUGACCCAGGAAACCCAGCCCCACCAGCCAAUCACAACAUGAGUAAACUGGGAAAUAUCCCCCUCAUGAACAGUUUUAAUCUGAAGGAGAUGAGUUCUGCUCUGAACGAGAGAAACAAAGAGAACCGACAGGAUAACCUACACAACCUGGAGACAAACCUCAACAAUGACGAGAAUGAAGAGACGGAGGGCAGCGAUGGUCAGGCUGAGUAUCUGUUUGGAGAUGCUGAGUUGGACGAUGAUGACCUCUAUAGCAUGGAGCAUGAAAACCAGGCAGAGGAGGCAGAGUUUUCUCUCCCUCAGGAAGCGUUUCCUCUGAGGCAUGAGAUCGUGGACCACCCGGCCGCCCCAGAGCCUCCAGCCGAGAAGCCGGAGUCUCCGCAGGUGAGCGGGAGCGAGGCGGAGAGUUUCUGCCUGACACCCAUGGAAUCCUUCAGCCUCAUCUCCGUCUCCCAGCUGCUCUACCAGCCUCAGCUGACCCCCAGCUUCUUCAGCCCCGUCGUCAGGGAGAUGCUGGACCACUAUGCUGAGCAAGGAGAUGUGCAGAUGGCCGUGUCCGUCCUCAUUGUGCUCGGAGACCGCAUUCGCAAGGAGAUCGACGAGCUCACGCAGGAACACUGGUACAUGUCCUACAUUGACCUGCUGCAGCGGUUCGAGCUGUGGAACGUCAGUAAUGAAGUGAUUAAACUAAGCACCUGCAGUGCAAUCACCUGCCUGAACCAGGCCUCCACCACUCUGCACAUCAACUGCAGCAACUGCAAACGACCCAUGAGCAAUAAGGGCUGGAUCUGUGAUCGGUGUCACCAGUGUGCGAGUGUGUGUGCAGUGUGUCAUCAUGUGGUUAAGGGCUUGUUCGUCUGGUGUCAGGGCUGCAGCCACGGAGGCCAUCUGGAGCACGUCAUGGAGUGGCUCAAAAGCUCCAACCACUGUCCGGCAGGCUGCGGGCAUCUGUGUGAAUACACCUGAAACACACACCCACACUUCCUUUUUCUCUAUGCCUUAAAUUAAAGACAUUCUUUCUCACAUUCAGUCACACACACUUGGCACUUUGACAGUAGCCUAAACCAGCAGGGUGUGUAUGUUUUUGGAUUACAUUAUAAAGGUACUGAGCUGUAAACAAGUGAAGGGCUGUGACUGAAAUGGAUCCCUACUCCCACAUUAGUAUUGCACUAUAUAGGGGGUAGAAACAAGUAAAUUUGGAUACUCAAAUCAUCAUUUACGUGUCAGCACCAGUCGCAUAGAGGCGUCUUAUUGCAUAGACGAAUCUUGUUUUUUUUUUUUUUUUUUCACCAUUUUCUCCCCAAUUUACAAGGCCAAUAACCCAACCCACUCAUUAGGACUCCCCCUUUCACUAGUGACGUCCCAACACACCAGGAGGAUGAAGAUUAGUACAUGUGACACAUGUGAAGUCAGCCACCGCCUCUUUUCAAACUGCUGCUGAUGCAGCAUUGCUGAGUAGUAUCACAGUGCACUCGGAGAAAAGUGCAGCAACUCGGUUCCGAUACAUCAGCUCACAGACGCAGCCUUGUGCUGAUCAACAUCACCUUUUGGAGUGAUGUGGGGAGAGAGCGCCAUCUACCCACCCAGAGAGAGCAAAGCCAGUUGUGCUCUCUCAGGGCUCUGGUAGCUGAUGGCAAGCUACAUGAACAGAAUUCGAACCAACAUUCUUCUUAUCUUAUCAUAGUGUCUGAACUUAGCCCGCUGGACCACUCAGAGACCCAGACGAGUCGUGUUUAAAGCUCCGCACACAGUUAAUAAGUGAUUACUGUUUUUUUUUUUUGCUUAUAAAACAUAAGCCAUAUUAACAAAGUAUAUGAGAAAAUGAAGGAAAUUCACAGAAUUCAGUGGCUCACACUUUCACCGGCUUGUGUGAGCAGAUUCUGUUGCUUGUGCUGCUUUCAAGUCAUGUCAAAAAUAGCAUAUUUACAAGAAGUGAGCACUGGAAUGGCACCGCAAACUCAUGUUUAACAUUUUUUAAACACACUAAUAUAAUAACGCCCCGCAGUCCAUUUUUUAAAGGUUUACUCUCAUCCACACGUGAAAAGAUAUAAGUACAUGCUACUGAUAUUUCUACUGGAUAAUAUCAUCGCUCAUCUAAUGCUCGUGUUGCUCUUUAAGUUUUUGUUUGCAGUAAUUGUAAAUAUAUUUGAUCUCUAUUGGAAACAGAAAUAAACAAAGAAAACACAUUUUCCCAGAAUAUUUAUGUUUCUGACCAAAAAACACAAUUAUGUUGUACUUACAAAGUGUAAACUUCUGAGGAGGAUUUGAAGGCAGCACUAGUAACGAGACUCAAUUUAAUUGCGUUCUUGUCCACAGAGCUACAAUGUUUAUCAUAAAUAAAGAGUGCAGUGUGGGAGUUUAUAGUGUUCUCAAAAUCAUGUUUGAAUUUCGCUUUACAAUUCGAACAAAUGAUUCGGAAAAAUGUCUGACAUUCUCCCAAAUGCCCUAAAACAUAAAUAGGGAUCAGUCACAGCCGAGAUAAUUAACACUACGGCAAGAAAAUGAGAAACACACACACACUCCGGAUAUAUACAGCAUAUUUCUCUCAGAAGGCCUUGGACUUUUAUUUAUGUAAAGCUUUAAUAAGCAGCACCGUUCACAGACACGUGCAGCUAUGGAAAUGGGAUUUAUUUUCAAUGUGUAAAUAUUUUUAGUUUCAUUAAUCUGUUCUUGCAUUUGGAAACAUUUCUGUCGUUACUAAUAUGCAAAAUGCAGCUUUCACAUAAUAAAUGUGUUUAUUCUU